CGGCGGCAGGGAUGCUGCCACGGCCGCCGCCGCCCGCUGCCAACUGAGCCGCCGCGUGAGGCAGCGCGUGGCCGGGGCGGCGGGGGCAGGGCGGCAGCAUGGCCCCCACCCUGCUCCAGAAGCUCUUCAACAAAAGGGGAGGCAGCGCCGCGGCGCCUCACGGCCGGGCCCCGCGGGAGGGGCCCGCCUUCAGCUGGUCCUGUUCAGAAUUUGACUUGAAUGAAAUUCGCCUGAUAGUUUACCAAGACUGUGAGAGAAGAGGCAGACAGGUCUUAUUUGAUUCCAAAGCAGUCCGCAAAAUUGAUGAAGCUGUGGUUCAGAAGAUAACAGAGGAUGCUUCUGUAAAGACUUCUGCCAAGAACUGCCAAGCAAGCAAUGGGAACAACAAAGUUUCUUCCCAUAGCCCCUCGAUAAGUUGUAUGCAAAGUAUUAAAGAACAGAUACCGAAGUAUCAGUACACCAGACCAGCCUCUGAUGUCAGCAUGCUAGGAGAAAUGAUGUUUGGCUCAGUGGCAAUGAGUUACAAAGGUUCCACCUUGAAAAUUCACUACAUACGCUCUCCCCCACAACUGAUGAUAAGUAAAGUCUUCUCAGCCAGGAUAGGAAGCUUCAGUGGAAGCAACAAUAACUUACAAGAUAGCUUUGAAUACAUCAACCAAGAUCCCAGCCUGGGAAAGCUGAGCUCUAAUCAGAAUGGUUUGGGAACCUGUCGCAGUGGAAGUAAUUUAGGUAUGUUACAGAUGUGCAGUAGCAAACUGCUGCAGGGUGUGUCUGAAGGAGGCCCCCUCCGGCUCAUCCGCAGUGCUUCUUUCUUUGCAGCACACAGCACACCUGUUGAUAUGCCAAGUAGAGGACAAAAUGAGGACAGAGACAGCGGCAUUGCUCGGUCAGCAUCUCUGAGCAGUCUUCUGGUCACUCCUUUUCCAUCUCCAAGCUCUUCAUCAUCCUCUAGCAGCUAUCAACGUCGCUGGCUCCGAAGUCAGACAACCAGUUUAGAGAAUGGAAUUAUUCCAAGGUGGUCCACUGAAGAAAUGUUUAGUAUGGCUGAUGAAAGCUGCAGCUCCAAUCCUGCAAUGGUUCGGAGGAAAAAGAUUGCAAUCAGCAUAAUCUUCUCUUUGCCUGAAAAAGAAGAAGCACAGAGACACUUCCAGGAUUUCUUUUUUUCUCACUUCCCUCUUUUCGAAUCCCACAUGAACAAGCUAAAGUAUGCAAUAGAAAAGGCCAUGAUCUGCUGUAGAAAAAUAGCAGAAUCCAGCCAAAGAGUGCAGGUUUAUAUCAGCCGUGUCAUGGAUGCCCUGGGAGAAUUCAGAAUUACCAUCUGGAACCUAUAUUCUGUUCCAAGGAUUGCAGAGCCUGUGUGGCUUAAUAUGAUGUCCAACACCUUGGAAAAGAACCAGUUAUGCCAGCGUUUUCUUAAAGAAUUUACAUUUUUGAUAGAACAAAUCAACAAAAACCAGUUCUUUGCUGCUUUGUUAACUGCGGUGCUGACUUAUCAUCUGGCUUGGGUCCCAACCGUAAUGCCAGUUGACCACCCUCCUAUAAAGGCCUUCUCUGAGAAACGCACAUCACAGUCUGUGAACAUGCUGGCAAAAUCCCAUCCAUAUAACCCUCUCUGGGCACAACUUGGUGAUCUUUAUGGUGCCAUAGGCUCUCCGGUUAGGUUGACUCGGACUGUUAUUGUUGGAAAACGUAAGGAGUUGGUGCAGCGCUUGCUCUAUGUUCUAACUUACUUCAUUCGGUGCUCUGAGCUGCAGGAAAAUCAAUUGACAUGGAGUGAGAAGGUUGGGGAAGGAGAGCAAGUGCUAAAUGGAAGCACGAUCACAACUGCAUUAGAAAAGGGAGAGGUAGAAGAAUCUGACUACGUGGUUGUCACUCUUAAAAAUGAACCUGCUCUUGUGCCUCCAAUGCUACCUCUAAAGAAUGAUGGAAGUAAGAGCAGUACAAUUGCUGAGUGGGUGCAUAAUUCUGAAAGCACGCAUGCUAUGCCAGCCUCCUCAAAAGAAAAGAAUGAAGCAGCAGGAAAGGCUAGUCAGAACUCUGAAGCAUCUGUCAACUGUCUAACUGGCGUUUUCCAUAAAGAAACAGUUGAUGGUAAGAGAAGGACUACUGCUGAUACUGGAGUCAUAUCCUACAAUUUUGAAGAACCAUCUAAAUUGGAGGAUAUAGUGGAUCUAAAAACGAAUCAGAUUGAAAGCAAGGUAGAAAAGCAGCUGCCUAGCAGGUCUUCUGCUUUACCUUGUCCUGAAAGGUCUUACCACAGGAGUUCAUGCUUAGAAAAGGUCACCUUCCGGAUUGGAAGUUCUGCGUCACCAGAGUCAGACUUAGAAGCUCGUAGAAGAGAAAUGGAAGAGAAUCUGAAGGCAUUCAGAAAAAAUCCAGAGGUGAUGCAUUGUGCCUCAAGUUCCCCAAGUCUGACUGUGGACACGUUCCAGAAUCAACAAGAAAGUUGUGAAGCUGCUUUUAUACCCUGCAGUGAACAUAGUAUUUAUUAUGCACAAGUUCCACCUUCUGAGGAGAAGAGUGUAGUUAAUGACCAACACGCAGAAAGUAAAGGAAUGGAGAUGAAUUUAGCAAACACAUCUGGUGAACCAUUUUUGCCCACUGAUAAUAGAGUAACUAUAAAAAUGUCAAAUGUGAAAGAAUCUAGAACUUCAUGCUCUGACAAUCUGGAGAGCUGUUCACCUGACUGUGUGCAAGUAGUUUCUGCUGUCAGACAGGAUUCUCCUCAAGUCAGUGCUAAAGAUGUCCCCUAUGGGGAUGCUGGAAGGAAAGUUCCAUUCAGAGUUGAAGGGGACAUUCCAAGGAAUGAGAGUUCAGACAGUGCUCUUGGAGCCAGUGAUGAAGAAGGUGAUUGUUGCAUCUCUGAACUCCAUCAUGGUAAUGUGAGCAAAAGACUUGAAGAGUUUGCAGAAGUGGAACUUCCUUUACCAAGGUCAAACACAAUCAGCAGUCAGUGCAUGAAAAAUUUUGGAAGAUCACUGCUAGGUGGUUACUGUCAUACAUAUAUGCCUGAUCUAGUGCUGCAUGGAAUAAAUAAUGAUGAAAAACUCAAACAGUGUCUGCUACCAGACCUACUUCAUUCAAUACAUCAUCCAGUGCUAGAUGAGCCCAUAGCAGAAGCUGUCUGCAUUAUUGCAGACACAGAUAAAUGGAACGUACAGGUAGCUACAAGCCAGAGAAAGGUGAUGGACAACAUGAAGCUGGGCAAGGAUAUCUUGGUGUCUAGUCAAGUAUCCAGUUUAUUGCAAUCCAUUUUACAGCUUUACAAACUCAACCUCCCAGCUGACUUUUGCAUAAUGCAUCUGGAAGAUAGACUUCAAGAGAUGUAUCUCAAAAGCAAAAUGCUUUCAGAAUAUCUGCGAGGACAUACAAGAGUGCAUGUAAAAGAACUAGGAAUUGUAUUGGGGAUUGAAUCCAAUGACUUGCCUUUGUUGGCUGCUAUAGCAAGUACUCAUUCCCCGUAUGUUGCUCAAAUACUCUUAUAAAUUAAAAUCUCAGGAUAGUCAUUCCCUGAAAGUAAAGAAUAUGGGAAUCUUGAAUGAAGAACAGAGGUGCCAAACACUGGUAAAGGGGAACAGUGAGGAAAACAGAUGAUGACUGUACAUUCUGCCACCUUCUGAUUCUGAUUUCAGCUGGAUGUUUUAUCAGAGGACUUCAGUUUACAUAAUGUAAAAGGCAUUCAGGUUUUUCUAACAAUUUCACUUCUAACUUAAAUCAAGAAGGUGACUACAUUCUUGCAUUUUAUUAUUCUUCUUCUUCAAAGGACAAAAGUUAACACUAUGGCAGACCAUGAGCUGCCAUCAGAAACGCUGCUCAAAACCAUGAAGUAACAGUUAAAAGAACAAAUGGGAUAGAAUGGAUUUCAUAUACUGCGCUUGUGAGUGUGGUGUUGUGUAUGUUUCUUUUUUGGGGAGGAAAAGCUAUAAACUAUGUAUAUAUCAUUCCUAUACAGAAGUGUAUUAGAUGGAACAUGAUUUUUUUUUCUUUGCAGAGUAUAAGCAUGACUUUGUAUAGUAAAAGUGACCAGCUCAGAACAAGGAACUUGGAUUCAGCAGCCAAAUAUGUGGGAAAGGAUGCAUGAGGUGGGGUGAUUAUUUUAUUUUAUUUAAAGGACAAGAGAUUAAGAAAACCCUGGCUGCUUCUGUUUUACUGAGGUGGAAUUCAAAUGAGGUCUGUCUAGGAGUAAUACCACCCCAAAAAUGGAAUGAACUUUUGAGAUGGGAAUUUUGUGGGAAAGCCUUAUGGAAUUUCUGCUACACGUUUACAUUUGUUGCUGAUGCAACUUUGAUAACUCUUUUUGAGUUUCUAUAUGACUCUAGUCCUGAGAAUAAUUAAACCUGUGUCUUGCUGUCAUCAGGUAUUGCUGUCUCUGAGGAGUCUGAAUUUGAUAAACUUAUGGAUGGUAUUAAUGCUGUUUCCUGUGUGUGCCUGUGCACAUACACCAAGCAAUCAGCAUAAACUCAAGAUAAUCUGACAAAAAAAAAAAAAAAGUACUCCCAUCAAAUCUUUAGUCUAAAAUAUUACUUUCCUUUUUUCUGGCUACUAUUUGGUCACUUCACAAAUAAAAUGAAGGGGGCAAACCCUGGUAUUACUAUGAAUGUUUGCAGUUACCCUCUAUGACUUUACAAAAUUCUCAAACUAUCAUCCUGGUGCCUUUCCUUAAUAGAGUAAUUGCUUUGAGACCAGAAACUACUUCUCCACUAGCUGAUAUUGGCCUUCUGUGUUUUUAGAAAGCAAAAUAAAAUUUUGUAUUUUACUGUUUUCAUGUGGAUGAUAACAUGAAUGUAGAAAAAACCUUUUUUUGCAUAAAGUACUGUUAAGCUGGAUAUGAAAUGAUUUAUGGACCAGACUAAGGAAAGAAAAAAGGAUCAAAACAAAUACUCUUAAAGAAAAUGAAAAAUAAACGCUGGACCCUUCUGUUGUGAGCCAGCGCAGAGUAUGAAUAUGUCUGACAUUGCAGCUUGCUAGAAAACUACUAGUAAAGCAAUUGUUUGGAGUAGGAAGCUCCUGGUCACCAGUUACGGCUUCUCCCUGUUAGUGAUUACAGAUUUUUAGUGUUGAAGGGACACAGUUUUAAAAGUGUUUUUAUUUCAUACUACCUUGAUGUUUGGACUUUUCUACAGUAAACUUUCAAUGAUUUGAAACAAUGAAAUGUGCAUAUUGUGAGUUGUUUAAACGUGAUGGGGAUGGGGGUGGGCAUCUCGAUUAACCUUGUGUUGCCCUGUGAGGGGAAUAGGGAGACUGACCUGUUGUCAAGAGCAGUUGUUUCCAAGUGGAGGGAUAUUUAAUGUUCUGAUAUGAUGCUUCUAAAGCUGUUCCUUAUGUGCUGGAUUUCUGAUCUAACAUUCCAGAUGCUUCUUUUAAUAUUGCUUUUUCAUACACUUGUUAUGCCUGGUAUUCUGCCUCAAAAGGCUAAAAAUCUUUCUAAGGAUCAAGUUUUCUCCUACUGCUUAGACUUGAGCAAUUUUUUUCAUAUCUUUUGGUUCUUCACUAUCUGCUGGAAAGCAAACUUACCUCUGCGUCUAGCUGUUAGCACGUAUCGGUCUGUGUUGCACAAGGUUAAGACAGAGGAGGAACCGUGCAGCAAGUGACACAUUCCUAAAAUAUCCCCAGUAAUGGAGUGAGUGCAUGAGCGUGUGUGUGUGUGUGCAUAGGUAGGGCUAUGAAACCACUUCCCUGUGUGUAUAUAGAAAUUUUCAUGUAUUUUCUCUAUUUCAUGUUACUUCUAAAUAGUAGCCGAGUAUUAAGAGUCAAUUCCAGUUUACUUAAAGUAAUAGUUGGGUCUCAAUCUGAACCAACUCUGACAAGCUCUUCAAAGAAAUAACCUGCGGAAACACUGGCUAUCACAGAGAGUGCUCCUGAGCUCAAAGGUCAGCUAAUGUUCAGUGGUUUUCAAGACUGUGAUCAGUAACACCUGAGUUUACUACUUAAACUACAGAAAUCUCCCUUUUGGCAACAUGUUAAAUUAAUCUAGGGGGAGGCAUGUGAGUUGGUGGUCAAAAGCACUUGGAUUUUCUUCAGCACAGGCUAAAACUUUAUAGUUCUUGCUGCUUUCUCUAACAUUUUGCUGCUCUUCAGAAAUUACAUGAUGAUCUGCUUGCAGUUUUAGUUUUGGGGAGUGGGGGGGAAUUCAGAAUUAAAGUUGAUUUAUUCUUAAAAGGCUUUAGUCUAAAGAAGCUAAAGUAAAUAUUUUCCCCUCCACUAAAUAUUCUACCUCAGUUGACAGGAUACCACCUUAUAGGGCUUUUUUGACUCAAAGUCUUUAACAUGUUUUUGGUAGCAUCUUGCUGUUUAUAUAAAUUAGUGUAGCAUGAUAGAGCAGUAAGUAUUUACAAAUGUUGUGUUAGUCAUCUUUAAGGCAUGUUUCUGGUUUUAUUUUAAUAGAAUGAAAAGUGAUAUGAAUGUACUGAGUGUUUAAAAUUGAUAAUGUAGCUUAAUUUUCAAAUAUUCCGAAGUUGGGUUUUUAUCAGUAUUAUGUAGUUAUUUUCUAAACUUAAAUGCAUACUUUCUUGUUUAAGUGGGAGUGAACAGUCUUUCUAAAAUCCCACAUAAAUGCAGUUUACACAGUGCAAUUUAAAGAAUGUAUUCUUUUUUUUGAGGCAAAAGUAUAAACACUCGUUCAUGGGGGGGUAAAUGGAAACUGCUACAUUGUAAUAUUUAAAUGAACUGUCUUUAACCUAAAACAAUAUUGAGGUCUAAACUUUUAAUUAAACUAGGGCACUUUCCAAACUAAUGAACAGAACGUUCUUCUACCUAAAAGAAAUGAAUAUUUGUUAACUAAUUCUGUAAUUCACGCUACAGAUUGGUCUUCCCCACUGCCUGCUUUACUCCGAAACUCAGUCUCUUCUGAGGCAUACCAAACUCUUUAUAUAAAAAAAGUUUACACAAAAUGGUCACUUAUCCCUGAAGUAUAAUUUCAAAUUCAUUUGAAAGAACCCAGAUCAAAAUAGUCUAAACUGCUGAAUAAACUAGAUGCUUUUCUGAAAUUAAGUGGGCUAAAUUGACAUACUUAACAGGUUAUCCAUAGUAGAAAAUAUGUGUUGCUAUUGCAUGUUUGAAGAGCAUAGACUUUUUUAGGACUGACUGAAUACCAAUGUCAAACUAUGUUUUUUUUUUCUUAUAGUUGUUUAUGUACAUUAUAAUUUUGGUCUAUCUCUUUGCGGCAUUUGGUGCAAUAAACUUUCUGAAAUGAA